AUGAAGAAGCAGUCAUCACCCUUCUCUGCUCAUCAUCUGACUCAGGCUGUACCGAUGGAGCCCUUCUCAGCAUCAACCAACAGCUUCACCGUGGACCUUUACAGAAAGCUGGAUGAAACAUCCAAAGGACAAAACAUUUUCUUUGCUCCUUGGAGUAUUGCAACUGCUCUCGCUAUGGUCCAUCUAGGUGCAAAAGGUGACACAGCAAUGCAGAUAGCAAAGGUUCUUCAUUUUAACCAGACUGCAAGAGAAGAAAGCCCUUCUGAGAGGACAGCAUCUUCUCUGGGGAGACCAAAGAAAAGAGACAUGGGUGCUGAGUAUGAGGAAACUGAAAACAUCCACUCUGGCUUCAAAGAAUUCCUUUCUGCCAUCAACAGACCUAGAAACACUUACUUACUGAAAAGCGCUAACCAACUGUUUGAGGACAAGACCUACCCAUUACUGCCUAAAUUUUUAGAACUCAUCACAAAAUACUACCAAGCAAAGCCACAAGCUGUGAACUUUAAGACAGAUGUGGAACAAGCCAGAGCACAGAUCAAUUCCUGGGUUGAAAACGGAACUGAGAGGAAGAUCCAGAAUCUGCUACCUGCAGGAUCUCUUGAUUCUCAUACUAUAUUGGUCUUAGUAAAUGCUAUUUACUUCAAAGGAAACUGGGAAAAGAGAUUUCGGAAAAAAGAUACAUCUGAGAUGCCCUUCAGAUUAAGCAAGACCAAGACUAAACCAGUACAGAUGAUGUUUCUGAGAGAUACAUUUUUGAUACUCCAUGAACAAACAAUGAAAUUCAAAAUUAUUGAGCUGCCGUAUGUGGAAAAUGAAGUCAGCAUGUUCAUACUCCUACCAGAUGACAUCAGUGAUAACACUACUGGGCUGGAGCAGGUAGAAAGAGAGCUGACCCACGAAAAAUUAGCUGAAUGGUCAAACUCAGCCAUGAUGAUGAAAGUCGAAGUUGAACUCUACCUGCCCAAGUUCAAGAUGGAAGAAAAUUAUGAUCUUACAUCCACUUUGAGCAACAUGGGGAUCCAAAAUGCUUUUGACCCUGUUCAGGCUGAUUUCACAAGGAUGUCAGCAAAGAAGGAUCUCUUCAUAUCAAAAGUUAUUCACAAAGCUUUUGUGGAGGUCAGUGAAGAAGGUACUGAGGCAGCAGCUGCCACAGGUGUCCUAGUGAUGAGGUCAAGAACACCUAGAGUAAUUUUCAAAGCCAACCACCCUUUUCUCUUCUUCAUCAGACACAACAAAUCCAAAACCAUCCUCUUCUUUGGCAGACUCUGCUCACCUUAGAGUUACUCCCUGCUCUACAGAGCAAGAGAUGCUGGCUUGCC